UCCUGCCAGAAAACUGCUGCGUGUGGCCAAACGGCGAGUUGAGUUUUCCAAUCCUUUCUGCGUUCCUGGCUGCCUGCUUCAGCUCUGACGCCGCUGGCGCCUGCUCUGUUCUACAGAGCCUCAGGAAAAAGUAAAGGACCGCAGGCCUCCUAGAUCGCUUCCUCUCGUGGGAAACUCGUGAGCGCGGAAAUAAAGAUGGCUGCUGAACCAGUAGAAGAUGAUUGCAUCAGCUUUGUGGGAAUGAAAUUUAUUGACAAUACGCUUUACUUUAUAGCUGAUGACGAUGAAAGCCUGGAAUCAGAUCACUUUGGGAGGCUUGAACCUACGGUCUCAAUCAUACGAAAUUUGAAUGACCAAGUUCUCUUCAUUGACCAGGGAAACAAACCUGUGUUUGAGGAUAUGACUGAUUAUGAAUGUGCAGGUAAUGCACCCCACACCACAUUUAUAAUAUAUAGGUAUAAAGAUAGCCAACCUAGAGGUGUGGCAGUGACUAUCUCGGUGGAGUGUGAGAAAAGAAUUUCUACUCUCUCCUGUGAGAACAAAGCUAUUUCCUUUAAGGAAAUGUGUCCUCCUGAAAAUAUCAGUAAUAUAAGAAGCGACAUGAUCUUCUUUAUGAGAAGUGUUCCAGGACAUGAGAGAAAGAUCUUAUUCGAGUCUUCACUGUACCCAAGAUACUAUCUAGCUUGUAAAAAAGAUGUAGACCUUUUCAGACUCAUUUUGAAAGAAAACGUCCAAGAUGGGGAUAAAUCUGUAAUGUUCACUGUAGAAAAACCAGAACAACUAGAUAUUAAAAUCGCUUAGUCUGGACUCUGAGUUUUCAUAUUUCAGAAAGGUUAUAAGAAUUUAAGAGCCUGUUAAGUACAAUGGUGAACAAAAUAAAUAAUGGUUUUAAUGGAAGAACAGCUUUAACAUGGCACCAGAGACAUCUGGAUCAAGCAGUAUGGAUCCAGCACUAAGGCUAAGCUUAAGUAGCAGAAAUGGCCAGAGGACUUUUAAAGGACAGAGAAGUUGACUUCCCUUUUAUGUCUAAUCUAAAAUGCCAUUGAUUGUAAAAUGCACCAUUAUUUUAGGUGCCACCAAGAAAGACUGCCCAUUAAACUAUGCUGUGCCUUCAACUGUAAGACUCACUCUUAUUUCAGAGAUGGUGAAAUUUGAAAAGUUGCAUGUCUUAGAAUUGAUUAAAUAUAGUAUAUAAUUUUAAUUAUUUGCAUUUUUCUGAUGUAAAUGCCUCCAUCUUCAUAAACUUUAAUGAAGCCUGCUACACACAUAACACUUUGAGUGACUGUUUUUUUGUGGAAAUUAGAAGAAAGAGCUGAAUUUUACAUUUGAAUUGUUGUGAACAGAAGAACAGCAUGCUUUGGAUAUCGAGAUAAUUACUACUGGAGGAAGUAAAAGUGGCCCUGAGUCUGUAAGCCCUCAGGAAUCUGAAGAAGCUUUGAGAAAAACAUUGAACUUUCCUCCAUCUAUAGAAUGAGAGGUUGAGCCCAUCUUAACAAGAUUUCAAUGGACAGUUAGAGAACUUAAAAAAAAAAAAAAAACAACU